GGAAGCAGGCACCGGGCACUGGGAGCUGGGACUGGCACUGCUGUAGUGGCAGCUGGGACUGGGAAGUGGCACAGGGCACCGACAGCUUGUCCUGGACACUGGGAGUUGACUGUGCAAUGACAGCUGACUUUGGGCACCAGGAGCUGGCACUGGGAGCUGGCGACACCGGGAGUUGGCACUGGGACAACAGGAGCUGGUUAUGAGCGGCGCUGGGGGCUCGGAGCGGCCGGAGGAGCAGCCGGAGGAGCGGCAGCGCGUUGUCCCCCCGGUACUAGCUCUGCGGCAGGAAGGUGUCCUGCAGGAGCUGGUGCUUGGAGCGGGGCAGCCCCCACACCCUGGGAUCAGCGAGGAGCAGCGCCAGGCCCAGGAGGAAUGGGAGGCUCUGGAAGAGAUCCAGUCAGGGUUGGGGGAGACCUCAGGCACACCGCUUCCUCCAAUUUCCUUCACUGAGGCGCUGCAGCACUUCCAGAGCACAGAGCUCUCCGAGAGCUGGGGGAAGGUGCGAGCGCCGGGGCGCCGGGGGAUCCUGGCUGCCCUGCUCCGCUGCCUCUGCGGGGCCCCUCGGCUCCGACCCCAGCUCCGGGGAGAGCAGGAGCUGGCGCUGGCCAUGGCACACUGUGCCCUGGAUGACUCAGAGUGGGUGCACAUGCGGAUCCUGCAGACCAUCUACCAGCAGCUGACGCGCUCCAGGCUGGGCUGCCCGCGCUACGGAGCACACUGGGAGGAGCUGGGCUUCCAGGGUGUGGAUCCCGGGACUGACCUGCGUGGGACGGGAAUGCUGGGGCUGAUGCAGAUCCUGUUCUUUGUCCUGGAUUCUCGGACACUGCUGCUGGCACGAGAGAUUUUCCAGCUCUCCCAGCAUGAAACCCAGAAUUUUCCCUUCUGCAUCAUGUCCGUGAACAUUACCCGGAUUGUCAUCCAGGCGCUCCAGGAGGAGCGGCUCUCCCGGGAGUGCAACCGGCGGCACCAGGUGAUCGGGGUGCUGAAUGACCUGUAUGCCGCCGCCUUCCUGCAGCUCUCCUGCCUCUGGAAGCGGCAGCACGGGACCAUUGCCGACGCUGGAUUCUUCCUCAAGGAGCUUGAAUUAUCCACCAAAAAGAAGCCAAGGCAGCUGCUGAAAUUCCUGGAAGCCUACCUGAGCCGUGGCCUUCAGCCUCCCUGCUCUCCCUCCUCCCAGAUCCACUUCACCAGCAUUUGUGACCCUGGAGUGGAGCUGGAGGGAGAUUCCUGACUUACAUGACACAGAGUGGGAUGCUGCAUAGGGAAUUCUGCUGGUGGAUCAGUCCUGGGAGGGAGACACACUGGUGUUGUGCCUGGUUUGGGGGCUCGGGAAGGGCCGGGAGAUGUCACGGAGCCGGGAUUUUGCCUGCUCCAGGUGGAGCUCUCUGGAAGCAAAGGAGGAAGAGGUGGUGGAACAUGAGUCCGUGAUUCUGUGAGCAACCCAGCCUGGUGCCGGGAUAGUCCCUCUCUCCAUCCCAAAUCCAGGGUCCCACCUAGGUCCUUACCCUCCCCAGGUGGAGCUGGAAGGUGGUGCUGGGUUCCUGGAUCCCAUCCCAUCCAAGCAGUGGCACUGGUAGCCAGGGCAACCCAAGCAGUGGCACUGGUGGCCAGGGCAGUAGAGGGACCAGCACAACAGGCACAACAACAACAGUGAGCAGAGCAAAGACGAGGACAAGAAUAUCAACGGGAACAGUCAGGAUGGCAAGCAGCCAGACAGCCCCAAGAACGAGGGCACCAAGGAGAACAGCAGUGAGAAGAAUGAGGCUGGCACCGGCAAAAACAGCGACGACAAUGGCAGCAACACCCAGAACAACAACAAAAAGGACCAGGGCACGAGCCAGGGCAGUGGUGACAGGGACAGGGCUGGCACCCAGGGCAGCGAGGCCAGUAAUGGGCACACAAAUGGGGGCACCAGCCAAGGCAGCAGUGGUGGGCAGCAGGCCCAGACUGAGACGCAGGGCAGUGCUGGUAACGAGCAGCCUCACAGCCAGGACAAUCCAAAGAACUCCCAGGAGGACCAAAGCCCUUUGUCACACUUAGCUCCCUCCACUGUGGAGAGCUUUUUGGAAAAUGAAGAAAAUGCUGCAGACAUGGCCGAGGCUGAGGAGGGCAGUGACACGUCCUUGGAUCAGGACAGAGGCAGGAGUGUUCCCUCCCUGCCCAGGGCCCGCUCCGAGAGCAGCCAUUUCUUCGCCUACCUGGUGACCACAGCUGUCAUCGUUGCAGCCCUGUACGUGGCCUACCACAACAAACGGAAGAUCAUUGCUUUUGCUCUGGAAGGAAAAAGAUCAAAAACUGGUCGACGGCCCAAAUCUGGUGAUUAUCAGAGACUGGAUCAAAAGAUCUAGAUUCCUCCUCAGAGGAUGACAGCCGCCAAUGGGAAUGCAGUGCUGCCACAGCUGGAUUUCAGUCCACAGGAAGGAGGGAAAACACUUUUUGUUUUGCACCUGCACCUUGAUAAAACCUCUCACUUCCCUGAAUUGCUCCUUUCCCAGCUGCCUUGUUUUACCCCUGGGCACCUGACUGCUGGAAAAGCAAGUCCCAGAACUGCACACCCAGAACUUCUGUGACCCAAUGCGAUGGAAUUUGCCAUCUGCUGGACUGACCCCUCGUCUUGGGGGGGAAAUUAAGGAUCUGCUGCACAAAGAGCCAUGGGACUGUCCCUUGCCUGGGAAUUAAGCUGCCUUGGGCUCCUCCUCCCUCUCCUUCUCCAUCUGUUGGGUUUGGAUGCUUGAGUUGGGAGUAUGUGAGUUCUCUUGCGCUUGUUUGGAGUUGACCCACCACAGACUUGGAUUUGGGUUUUCUCUCCCUGAGCAAUUUUCCAGUUUCACACACAUCUUUGGCCAUGCUGAAGCAGUUUUUGUGGUGUAACUCAAACCCUUCAUGCUCUGUGCAGGUCUUCUUCCUCCUGGUCCUUUCAGUUCAGCUGGGGGUGUUGGUUGUGGUGUGGGGCUGUGGAGGAGGGGGUCGGGCUGGGGAAGCUCCAUAUCCUGUCGGGAUCAGGGAUUCAGAUAGGAAGAUUGUUUCCUCCCCACUGUCAAAUGUAGGAAGGAAGGACUAUAAAUCCCUGAGGAGUUUGGGAUGAGUGAAGUUCCCAGGCCUUCCAGUUGCGUUGGACUGGUACUGGUCAGACCAAAGGCUGCCAAAGGCACUGGUGCCCCAGUUAUACCCGUGAGGUGGUUUUCAUUAGUUCUACUCCCCAGAGUUUUGUUCAAGCUGGGAGAGGGCACAAAGUACCUGCUUGGCUUGUGCUUUGGAUUUUUCCAGUAUAGGCAGAAACUGGGGAACCUAGAGCUCCUCACAUGGGCACCCAGCUGCUUCACAUCAGGUGCCAGGCAUGUGCCAGUCCCACAUUUGCUGACUGACCGCACGGGAAGAAUCCCAGGAUGGUUGAAUUCCUUCCUGGGGGACUUUUUUCUGGCCUUCCCAGGCUUGAGAACAAUCAGCUCCUUGCUCUGUGGUCACCUUGGAAAACGGCAGAGUUGUUUUCUGGUCACUGUGAAAGCUGCAGCUCUGGUUUUGAUUUCCUACUCAUUAAUUCCUAGAGGAGAGAGAGGGCUUGACCUUCUCCAACCCUAAAAUUAUCCUUUCCCUUUUUACUGGCUCUUGGCAAGCAUGAGGGGCACGAGAGUCCCUCUUGGCUUUAAAGAGUUCUCAGAGUUUCCCUAGGAAACAUCUAGGAUGCUAAAAGGAGUUGUUUUGGGGAGCAGGAGGGUGGAGGGAAGGGAAAGGGAAAUGGGGCUGUGAAUGUAACUCGGGGAAAAGGGUGGGAACCUUCUGCACCAAACCACCCUGCUGCAGAGCUCCUGUGGCAUCAGCCAGGCUGGGGGAUGCUUUAGGGCAGGGUCAGGGAGGGGGACACUGGCUUUUGGCUGGUGAUGGCAGAGAGACAAGCCCUAUUCCAGUGUCUGGAAUUCUGUGUGCUCCUGGGCUGCUCUGGCCAGGAUUAUUGAGUGAGUGCACUUUUUGGAGUGUGAGUGCUCUAUGCUUGCUUUGUCCUGUUUUGUUUUGUUUUAAUUGAAUAAUAAUUUGGAAAGGUGAGGGUUUUUUCACCAUCUACUUAUUUUUCUAUCCUGAGAGCUGUUUCAAAUCCUCUCUUGCUCCAGGCUGUGAGAAUCCCACCCUGCUGCCAACAGGGAAUGUUUUGGACCUCAAACACCUCGAUCCCAGGCUGAGCCAAGCACAAGCUCCUUAGGGUAAUAAGGACACACCUCAGGGCUCUGGGGAGUGCUGGCUCUGGGGGGAGGCAGAUCUCACACCAGGCUGAAUUGCGGGGUUACCCCCAAAAUCUCCCUGCCAACAAUUCCCGAGGCUGGUGUGUUCUGCCAAUAGUCCGGGCUGCCUCAAACCUCUGGGAAUUGCUCCCCGUUUGUUGAGUUUCAUGGUGUUUAUGCAAUAUGUCCCAAAGUGGUCAAGGUGCACAGCACCCUUUCCCUUUGGGCACACGUGUUUCUCGUGGAUGGUGUCUGCUGGUAGAGAGGGGGUUUUUGCCAAUUAUUCCUACUUUUUAGGCUUGAACCAGCACCUGAUUUGUUUUCUGCUGCAGUGAAACGCACCUUGCUUGGAAGGAUCAGCAUUUUUUACACUUCUUUGUACUGGUUUUUUAUUUUCUGUGUGGUGAAGUCAGUAAAUGGAUUUAAAAAAACCCAGAAGGUUGAGUU